UUAUCUGGGUCCAUCUGCCUUGGAGACAAUAUCUUUAUCAGAUACUGAUAAGAAGAUAUAGUGCUACUAUAUUUGAGCGUUUGAUCAGCACUCUUUCCUUUGUCAGAGAACCCUUGAGCUGGCCUUGCGCAGUGUGCCGAGUUGUGUUGGCAGCUGCGUGGUGAAGCUGGCAAACGUCAAGUGCCAGGGGCAAAAUUAGCUCUUCAGCAUAACAUUGGCCUCGGAGGAGCAGCGGUUGUAGCACUCUACAGGAUGGGCUUCAGAGGAAAUGAACGGGGGAUUGUGGCAGCAGCUACAUCAGCUGGAGAGGAGUUUAAAAGUGCAAACAUCUUCAAUGCUAUUGAAGUUGCGCUUUCUGAAGAUGGACCUAAGCUCGUUAACAAGGUAAAGGGUGUGUACUGCUUCCAAGUCAAGGGAGGUCCUGAUGGCAAAGAAGCCAAGUGGAUUGUGGAUGCCAAGAAUGGUUCGGGAUCAGUUGUCUACAAUGGUUCGGCCAAGCCAGAUGUCACAAUCACCAUGAACGACAACGACCUUGUUGAUCUGAUGGAAGGGAAGCUGAACCCACAGAAGGCCUUCUUCCAAGGAAAGUUGAAGAUAAAGGGAAACAUGGGCUUGGCCAUGAAGUUACAAGAAUUCCAAAAAGAUACCAAACAGCUCAAGGCCAAGCUCUAGGGUUUAGAUGCCUUUUCUUACCACUUACCCUUUUCUUCCUCUUUCUUUUCUAAUUGUCUCAUUCUCCUCUUCCUCUUCCUCUUCUCUUGCCCCAUUCAUCCGUUAAAUUCACUUUUUAAUGCUUCUAUAUUCAGAAUACAUCCUUCUCUUUGGUAUCAUUAUGCAUCUAUAACACUUUCAAGAAGACAAGAAAUGGUACA